AGAAAUGAGUUGGAUUGACUAUUGAAGAUGUAUACAGGAACAGAGACUAGUAAGGAGACUCAGCAUAUAAGUCCCCAUAUUGCUGCUCAUAAAUCAUCUUUGGCUGCUACAUCAUCUGCUCCAACUAUAUCAUCAGCAGCUUUAGCAGGCUCAGGAGGGCCACAUGACCAGGCAUCACCACAUUUAUCUUCCCACAAGGGUGGGUUGAGCGCUCACAUACCAACAUACAGAGUAGGGGUGCAUUCAUCCCAGCACUCAGUAGUUAAAGAGAUAGACCAUGAUGGCCCCAUGUACUUGGCUCGCCACAGUCACCCGGCAAAUAUUACGACACACCUUUCAAAGAGCACACCGCAGGACCUCUCCUCUCAUGCCUCCACAGUUUCAGAGAAAGCAGUCCCCCUGGAAUUGACUCCACAUACCUCUCAUCACAAACCUCUGCCUCAUGUCCAUUCAGUUGUAACUCAGGGUGUAAGUCAUUCACAAAGUGGACCUCUCAUGGCUGCCCACCAAACAGAUCGGGGGUCGGCAUAUUUCCGUGUAGCAGAUUCUGUCAUAGGUGUCCAAGGGCCCUCUGCUAUCUUAGUAUCCACUGUUGGAGAUGGUGGCCUGUCAUCACAACAUCAUACUUCUCAAGCUCCAUCUCUGGUCCACACACAGUCAUCGAUGGUAAGGCAGAAUGCUGCCACAAACCUGACCACCAUGCCACCUACAACAAUGACAGCCGGAGUGUCUCUCACCACAGGCUCAAGUCCAGGAGUGGUUACAAGUCAGUCACAAGGGCAGAUUAUGCCAGCUGAUGGUGUAACUACUUCAAAUGUCUCCUCUGCAUGUCUAACUUCACAGACAGAUCCAAGAGAGCUGAAAAAGGAGAAAUCAGAACAGAUAGAAGGGAUGGGAAUGGCAACAGGGCAAGGAGAAGGAACGCAGCAAACAGCAGGGCCACAGCGUGACUUAGUACGGCAAGCUCUCCAGUCAGUUGUAACAAACCCCCAGCACAAAACGGGCAACGACCAAGAAGUGAUUGAAUAUAAUUAUACUGCAGGUGAUAUUGCAGAGCUACUGAUGAUGAACAUACAAGUCAAUGCAUCACUUCAAGCAAUGAAACAAGGUACUGCUCCCUCAGACAGUGGAAGCAGCCAAGUUGUAGUUCUACAGCCAGCAGCUGUUGAUGAAACCACCAGCCUGCAACCUCAGCCCCAGACCACAAAGCGACGACGACCCAAGCUUUCAGAAGAGGCCCAGUCAGAAAGGAGAGUUAGAAUUGCUAUGAGAAUGAGAGAGAAAAGAGCUGGCGAAACUGAUGAAGCAAAAAAAGUACGUAGAUUAAGGGAAGCUGAACGCAUGAGACGGAAAAGAGCAACUGAAGACCAAGAGCAUAAGGUGAAAAGACGUUUGGAAGCAGCUGCGAGAGCUAGAAGUCGGCGAGCGAAUAUGACAGUAGAAGAACGGGUUGUUGAUAGACAAAAAGCUGCAGAGCGCAUGAGAUUGAGAAGAGCCACAGAAAGUGAUGAGGCAAAAGCUGUGCGUCGCCUGAAAGCGGCAGAACGAAUGAGGAAAAGGAGAGCAAAUGAGACUCCUGAGCAACGAAUGGCACGCCGUCAGAACAUUGCCCAACGUACAAAAGCUCGUCGUAAGAGGAAAGGGGAUGAUACAUUAAAUGGAGAAGAUUCCGACUCAGUUUCCCGCAAUAUAACUACUAGAUUAGUUAAGAAUGAAGGUUUGAACAACAGUCUGCCACACCAAGAAAACAGUGAACCUAUUGCUAAUGUUGCAGUAGGUCAGCCAACUCACAUUUCCCAGGCUCAGCUUGUUCAAGCAGGCUCACACAUAGUAGUGCCAUCGAGUGUUGGAGUAGGGAGUAGUAUUGCUCUGUUACAUGUGGAUCCAACCCUCCCUCAUGUGCCUAUAGGUCAUGGAACUACAGGCAUGCUUUCAACAGUGGACCUGACUCAGCUGACUCAACCUCUCUCUCUGCACAAGUCUGUUACUUCAACUGAGGGACAAGAGAUAUCAGAGCCACUAUCCUUACAGAAGCACAUAGUGACUCAAGUGUCCUCACCAGCUGCCACUCCAACACCCGUCUCAGCCCCCAUGAGCAUGAGUACCCCUGCACAUCCCUUGGAACCAAUAUCCCUCCACAAGACUGUCAGUCACCAUCACCAUCAUCACUUGCCUCACCUCCUCCACUAUCAUCAGCACACUAGUUCACACCCACAACAACAGCAGCAACAGCAGCAGCAGCAACAGCAGCCACAGCAGCAGCAGCACCCACAUCAGCUGCAGCAUCAACACCUUCAACAGAGACACCAUCAGUGAAAUGUGAGAUAGUCUCAUUUCUUAGAUGAGCUGUAUACAUGUGCUCUACAGGGAUUGAAGGGCUCAAACAACAGUAUUGAAUUAAUUAAUGACUGAAAUUAUGCUGUUACAUCAAGGACUUUGCAUUACGUAUUAAUGUAGAAUGAGAGUGCAUUUCAGCUCUGUAUGGCAUGUAUUCAGUAUAUUGAACUGUUUUCCUCAUGCAGUUCUUAUUUAAUGAGUAAGACUGCUGUAAAAGACACUGUACUGGUCAAAUUGUGCUUGUGGCUUGUGGUGGCCAAUUUGCAUUAGACUUAAAUAAUAAUGAUAAUAAUUCCAAGUCCAAUUAUGCAACAAUCACAUUCUCAUCUUUAAACACAGAGGGUAAUGCACUUGCUAGUCUCACAGAAGUUUAUUAGUGUUAUUAUAUUGCAUAUGUAUUUUUGUUUUUGUUUUUUAAGGGUCCGGUUCACUCUUAAUAUGCAUUAUAAAUGAGAAGUAGAACAUAAAAAAAAUAUUGGAAUAUAGUUAUAUAGAAAGCAUGAAAUGGACCAUGCUGUAUGUUAGACAUAAAUUAAUUAAUGAGUACAUAAAAAAUAUAAUUUAAAAAUAUAUUUAAUCAGACUUUUUCCAGGAUUUGUUUUUGAGUUAUAGAAAUGAACAAAGUUCAUUGUGGCAAAUGUGGAGAAGCUAUGAAUAAAAGACAAUAACUUCACAAACUAAGAGACAUAACUAAUAUAUUAUAAUAUUACUUUGAACCAACACCAUCUACCAGCUUAAAAGCCAUUGGGUGUGGUUUGGAAAGAAUCGGGCAUGAAAUAAAUAAGAAAUAGUGUUAUCUAGAUAUCACUGCUGUAAACUGUGCAAGCAACUAACGACAAAUCUUGACCAUUUAAUGUUGUUUUAGUAAUUCUUAGUCUUGUUUGAGAUUGUAAUUUGGUUAAAGAUCUACAUUACACAACAUUAGUUAUUUCUCUUUCUUUGUGAAGUGAUUAUUUUUCAUAUAGGCUUUUCUGUAUUAAAGCACAUUUCUUUACUGGAAGUAAAAUAAGAUUCAGGAGAUUUCAGUUUUCUUGAACUUUUAGCA